AUGGAGUCCCCCUCAGCCCUUGUGCUCAGAGGACUUGUCCCCUGGCAGGGGCUCCUGCUGGCUGUCUCACUCCUGAGCUCCUGGAGCCCGCCCGCCUCUGCCCAGCUGGCUAUCGUGCCCACCAACGCUGUGGAAGGAGAGGACGUGGUUCUCCGUGUCCGCAACAUGCCCCCCGAUGCCGUGGCCUUUCAGUGGCACAGAGGGGAAGGGGGAAAGGCCGAGCGAUAUAUUGCAUAUUACUCAGUGGCCGCCAGAGAUUUUGGAAGAGGGCCUGAAUUCACCGGUCGAGAGAGAAUAAACCACGACGGGUCCAUGCUGAUUAAGAAGGUCACCCUGAGGGACACAGGAAUGUACACCAUUGUCGUCUACCUUCAAAAUUCAAAAAAAGAAAUAGGAUUUGGACGCCUCAGUGUGUACCAGCCCGUGAGAGUGCCCACCCUCCUGGCCAGCAAAACCAUAGUCACAGAGCACAAGGACGCCGUGGUCCUGACCUGCUACACAAAUGCCAUCUCCACUGAAUGGUUGUUCAAUGCCGAGAAUCUGCGGCUCAAGGACAGGAUGACGCUGUCCUCGAACAACAGAACCCUCACCAUAGACCCCGUCCGGCGGGAGGAUGCUGGGAGCUACCAGUGUGAGGUCUCCAACCCCAUCAGUUCCGCUGACAGUGCCCCCAUUGAGCUGGAUGUGAAGUACGAGUGACCCUCCCCCUCUCUGUUACCAAUCUCUGAAUAAAUUUUUGCACCCUUUAAAUAAAUUUGUUGUGAAGGUGGAAAUUUCUUAGCAGACUUGCAUUGAGUCAAUAAAUGCUC